UUUUCCGGGUAGGUGAGAAUUCAGCCCUUCUGAGCUUCCUCACCGGGCUCUCUCCCUGGAACUUUUCCCUAUCCAGCCCUGGAGUCAGCACCCUGGGCCAGCGGUGUCCUGCAGUAAUCCCCAUGGCCUGCCUGAGUCCCUCACAGCUCAAAAAGUUCCAGGAGGAUGGGUUUCUGCUCUUGGAAGGAUUCCUGACAGAAGAUGAGUGUGCGGCCAUGCAACAGAGGAUUCGUGAGAUUGUGGCUGAGAUGGACGUCCCUCUGCACUGCCGGACAGAGUUUUCCACCCAGGAAGAUGAGCAGCUUCGGAAUCAGGGCAGCACAGAGUACUUCUUGAGCAGUGGUGACAAGAUUCGAUUCUUCUUUGAGAAAGGAGUUUUUGACAAGAAAGGAAAUUUCUUGGUCCCUCCAGAGAAAUCUAUCAACAAAAUUGGCCAUGCUCUGCAUACCCAUGACCCUGUCUUCAGAGGCGUGACACACUCUCCCAAGGUGCAGGCUCUGGUCAGAAGCGUGGGCCUCCAGAUGCCAGUGGUGGUGCAGAGCAUGUAUAUCUUUAAGCAACCUCACUUUGGCGGCGAAGGUGGGUCUAUUACAGUAUCCCCUCACCAAGAUGCUACCUUUCUGUACACGGAGCCCCUGGGCCGCGUGCUGGGUGUGUGGAUUGCUGUGGAAGACGCCUUGCUGGAGAAUGGCUGCCUCUGGUUCAUCCCUGGCUCCCAUACCAGAGGGGUGUCAAGAAGAAUGAUCAGAGCCCCUGCAGGUACCAGCUUCCUUGGGUCAGAGCCAGCCUGGGAUAACAACCUCUUUGUGCCUUUGCCAGUACGGAGAGGGGGUCUGGUCCUGAUCCACGGAGAAGUGGAGCACAAGAGUGAGCAGAACCUCUCCAACCACUCGCGCCAAGCCUAUACUUUCCACCUCAUGGAGGCCACAGCCGGCACUGUCUGGAGCCCAGAGAACUGGCUCCAGCCCACGACUGAGCUGCCCUUCCCACCACUCUACGUCUAGAGGCCCUGGCAGGACCUGGUUCCCCCCAGAGUGAAGCUGUCAACGCCAGGGCCUCUGGGGCUGCAACCCAAGGGUACAUCUUCCUGUGUGGGCUUUCUUUCUGAUGAUGUCUAUGACCCUUGGUCCAGCACACAGGGAGCCAAGAAGCAGAAGCAAAAGGGCAGCAACCCAGGCUGGAUGCAGGACUUCCUCCAAAAUUUUGUCUCUGUCACCUUUCUAUCCUAACCUAGCCUUCUGAAGUGGAAUGAUUCUGGUUGAGUUCAGUGUUCUCUUUGGUAAAGCACUGAGUAAAAUGAC